CUCUUCUCAACACAACACAAACCCUAAAUUCAAUUCACAACAGAGAGAGCCAGCUUAUGUCUCAGAGGCCCAACGUCCCUCACUCCUCCUCCAUAGCUUUCUCUCUCCACUCCCAUCUCCUCGUCUCCAGUGAAAUGAACUCCACCUCCAACUGGGCUUAAAUUCUUCCAUUCCUAAUUUUUUCCCUAACACCUCCAUUUUUUGGCACACGAAUUUUGCUUCUUUAAAACUUAAAAAAAAAAAAAAAAAACCAUUCUUUCAUUCUUUUUUUAACUGCCCAAUACUACUCAAAAGCUUCCAUCUUUUCUUCCAAUAUCGAAAUGGGUGUCAAAGGUUUCGUUGAGGGAGGCAUAGCUUCCAUCGUCGCCGGCUGCUCCACCCACCCUUUGGAUCUCAUCAAGGUCCGAAUGCAGCUCCAGGGCGAAAAGGGCCUACCCGCCCCGGCCCAGCAGCCCAUUCACGCUCUUCGCCCCGCUUUCGCCUUCCAUUCCCAUUCCGGAUCCGCAACCAUGAUGGCUCCUCCGCCGCACGUGGUGGCCGCUCCGCCGCGUGCCGGCCCGAUCUCCGUCGGGGUCAAGAUCUUCCAGACCGAAGGCGUCAAAGCCUUGUUCUCCGGCGUCUCCGCCACCGUGCUCCGCCAGACUCUCUACUCCACCACCCGGAUGGGCCUCUACGACAUCCUCAAGACCAAGUGGUCCGACCCGGAAUCCGGGAACCUUCCUCUGGGGCAAAAGCUUCUCGCCGGACUCAUCGCCGGCGGUGUCGGCGCCGCGGUUGGGAACCCCGCCGACGUGGCGAUGGUGCGGAUGCAGGCCGACGGCCGGCUCCCGGAGGCGCAGCGCCGGAACUACAAGAACGUGGUCGACGCCAUCUCAAGGAUGGCGAAGCAGGAAGGGGUUACUAGCCUGUGGCGCGGGUCGGGUCUUACGGUGAACCGCGCCAUGAUCGUGACGGCGUCGCAGCUGGCGUCGUACGACCAGAUCAAGGAGGCGAUUCUCGAGAGGCACGUGAUGGCCGACGGGCUCGGCACGCACGUGACAGCGAGUUUCGCGGCGGGGUUCGUGGCCUCGGUGGCGUCGAACCCGGUGGACGUGAUCAAGACUAGGGUGAUGAACAUGAAGGUGGAGGCCGGGAGGGAGCCGCCGUACACCGGGGCAUUGGAUUGUGCCCUGAAGACGGUAAAGGCUGAAGGACCCAUGGCCCUCUACAAGGGUUUCAUUCCUACAAUUUCAAGGCAGGGGCCUUUCACUGUGGUGCUGUUUGUGACUCUUGAACAACUCAGGAAGGUUUUCAAGGAGUUUUGAGUUAUUGUUUUGAGCUAAUGAUGAUGAUGAAAAAAAUAUUCUACUAAUUACUAUUAUUGAUUAAUGCAACUCUUGGCUAUUUGAUUUAUAAGA